AGGCCGGCACGCGGCGCUCGCGCUCCCGGCUUAAAUGAGCCCGGCGGCCCGCGCCCGCCACUUCAGGGGAUCCCGCGCCGCGGUCGCGGGCGGAGCUGCCUGCCUGUUAGGGGCCUCUCGUUUGCUCCCUUCGGCUCCGGGCGCCCGCGGGGCUGAGCGCCGCGGGUCAGGAGGCGGCGCCCGUCGGGGAGCUCGGGCAGCGCGGGAGCCCGCCGGGGGCUCGGGCAUGGCGGGCCGCGGGACCUGAGCCCUGGCCCGCGGGGAGGCAGCCUGGUGGCCGGCGAUGGGGACGGAGCGGGGCUGCCGCCGCGCCGGGCCGUGAGCGCCGCCGCCGCCUCAGCCCCCUGACACGCCGGGCCGCUCGGGAACAUGGCCCUGGCACAGCUGUGCCCGGUCCUCAAAGUGUUGUUAAUAACAAUACUGGUAGUGGAAGGAAUCGCAGUAGCCCAAAAAACCCAAGAUGGACAAAAUAUUGGAAUCAAGCACAUUCCUGCAACCCAGUGUGGCAUUUGGGUUCGAACCAGCAAUGGAGGUCAUUUUGCUUCACCAAAUUAUCCUGACUCAUAUCCACCAAACAAAGAGUGUAUCUACAUUUUGGAAGCUGCUCCACGUCAAAGAAUAGAGUUGACCUUUGAUGAGCAUUAUUAUAUAGAACCAUCAUUUGAAUGUCGAUUUGAUCACUUGGAAGUUCGAGAUGGGCCAUUUGGUUUCUCUCCUCUUAUAGAUCGUUACUGUGGCGUGAAAAGCCCUCCGUUAAUUAGGUCAACAGGGAGAUUCAUGUGGAUUAAGUUUAGUUCUGAUGAAGAACUUGAAGGACUGGGAUUUCGAGCAAAGUACUCAUUUAUUCCAGAUCCAGAUUUUACUUACCUAGGAGGUAUUUUAAAUCCCAUUCCAGAUUGCCAGUUUGAGCUCUCAGGAGCUGAUGGAGUAGUGCGUUCUAGUCAGGUAGAACAAGAAGGAAAAACGAAACCUGGCCAAGCAGUUGACUGCAUAUGGACAAUUAAAGCUACACCAAAAGCUAAGAUUUAUUUGAGGUUCCUAGAUUAUCAAAUGGAGCACUCAAAUGAAUGCAAGAGAAACUUCGUUGCAAUCUAUGAUGGAAGCAGUUCUAUUGAAAAUCUGAAGGCCAAGUUUUGCAGCACUGUGGCCAAUGAUGUAAUGCUUAAAACAGGAAUUGGAGUGAUACGAAUGUGGGCAGAUGAAGGUAGUCGGCUUAGCAGGUUUAGAAUGCUCUUUACUUCCUUUGUGGAGCCUCCCUGCACAGGCAGCACUUUCUUCUGCCAUAGCAACAUGUGCAUCAAUAAUUCUUUAGUCUGUAAUGGAGUUCAGAACUGUGCCUACCCUUGGGAUGAAAACCAUUGUAAAGAAAAGAAAAAAUCAGGACUAUUUGAACAAAUCACUAAAACUCAUGGAACAAUUAUUGGCAUUACAUCAGGGAUUGUCUUGGUCCUUCUCAUUAUUUCUAUUUUAGUACAAGUGAAACAGCCUCGAAAAAAGGUCAUGGCUUGCAAAACUGCUUUUAAUAAAACUGGGUUCCAAGAAGUGUUUGAUCCUCCUCAUUAUGAACUAUUUUCACUAAGGGACAAAGAGAUUUCUGCAGACCUGGCAGACUUGUCGGAAGAGCUGGACAGCUACCAGAGGAUGCGGCGCUCCUCCACUGCCUCCCGGUGUGUCCACGACCAUCACUGUGGGGCGCAAGCGCCCAGUGUCAAACAGAGCAGGACCAACCUCAGUUCCAUGGAGCUUCCUUUCCGAAAUGACUUUGCACAACCACAGCCCAUGAAAACAUUCAAUAGCACCUUCAAGAAAAGCAGCUACACCUUCAAACAGGCACAUGAGUGCCCCGACCAGGCCCUAGAAGACAGAGUAAUGGAGGAGAUUCCUUGUGAAAUUUACGCCAGGGGGAGAGAAGAUUCUGCACAAGCAUCCAUAUCCAUCGACUUUUAAUCUUCCACUAAAGGUCGUGAAGAGGCCUACAAAAUACAGAGCCUUUAAAGAAGAUUUAACGGUAAAACAGCACAGAAGUACGUGGUUUCAUUCAACUCAGCAAGUAAAGCUUGGACAAUAAAUUUGGUUCUAAAUUUUUUGACUGCUAAAAAAAAAGAGAGUUACUGCUUUUCACAGUAGAAAACAAACAUAUCUGCAAAAGCAAGCUAGUUUUCUCUUGAACUAAAGCAUGAGGGUUUUUAUAUAGGAUAACAUUUCUUCAGAAUUUAAAAAAGAUGCCAAAUGCAGAGAAAAGUCAUAGUGGCAAAUCAAGAGAAGGCAUGAUUUAAUGUAGUCCAGGAACACUGGUUUCUGCUCAGUCUGUUUUCAGGGACAGACCUAAAGAAGCAGAUGAUCAAUAACUAAGCCUACCUUAGACUGCAGAUGUUACAUGCCUUCAUUGAACUAUAUAGGUGGGUAUUAGAUCUCAUUUAUUUUGUAGUCAAACAUUUUGUCUAUAUUUAGGAAACAGAGAAUGUAACUAAUAAAUUCUAGGCAUUAUUACCAGAAUAAUGCUUAUUGCUGCAUAUAUAGUCUUUGAGAUUAGUGGGUUAACUUUACAAAUUGUUUACUAAAGUGAAAGCCAUAAAUUUAAGUAAUGGAAGACAUGAAAUUUAGCCAUCAAUUCCAAAACAGCAUAAAGGACAUCUAGCUCUAUAAUAUUGUCAUCAUUAUCUUUCAUUCCAAAUUUAACACAAAAUAUCAACCCCCAAGUGCCCACAAAUUAAUCGCACAAAUUAAAAGCUUCUAAUCCCAAAUUCUGAAGUAUAUAGGACUGAAGUGUGUUAUUUCUUUAGGGGUGGCGGAAUAUUAAAUCGAAAGGUUUAACAAAAAGCAAAAAGUUUUCACAUUUCAUAUCACGAAAGAGAUAUAAGAGGCUCCUUUAACAGCGCUUCUGUCAGUGUCAGGUGCCAUGUAAUUAUUAGGCAUCAAAAGAACCUCCUAAAUGUCUGCCUCCGAACGUUUCUAUAGUUCUGCUCUCGUCUGAUAAGUAUGUCUCCUUGUUUCAGGAGCGUGGGGUGGGGAAAGCCUGGUUGUGAUUGCAGGAAUAAUUCUCAAUUAAAGGAGAUUAUGCUCGUAUUGCAAAGUGACAUCUGCUAUAUUGUUCAUGUUACUUUAUCACAAAUACAAAAAAUAAUAUGCCUUGAAUCACACUGAUUAGACCCAAAAGGAACUUUGAGUUUUUGGUGUUUUUAAAGAUCCAAGGAAGAUGAUCUGUUCCAACUUUAUUAAUGAGAAGACUGGAACCCAAAGAAGUAAAGUGAGUACCCAUGUCUCAGAACUCCUAGCCCAGCACUCUUUGUUUGUUUUUGCUGUCUUGUUGCUUUUCCCAGCUAAAAAUUGUAAAAGUUAAGCAGUCUAAAUAGCAGCCCAGAUGUUUCAUGUAAGCUUGUCAAUCAUGCUGAUUUAAAAUGUAAUUUAUUCUAUAAUAGUUUUUUUCAAAACAUUAUAUUUCACCUUUUUUUCUUUAUGUACAUAAUACUGUGUUAUUUUACAGUUUUGUUGCCAUGAUUUCUUGGCACCUGAAAACUCUGCAAGACAAUUACUGUGAAUUCUUAAUAAACAAUGUUUGUUAACAGUGUAUAGGCUUGAUACUAGACAGAGCUUCUGUGUUUUUGCUUUUGUGAUCUUUUUUUAAAUCUAAAAGAAACAAUGUAUACCCUAGAAAUUAAACAUUUGUGUGCUAUA